AUGGCCGCUCCAGUCCUCGAAUCCAGCAGUGCAACUCCGUCCAGCACCUCUCCACAGACCUUCCGCAUCCUCGUCCUCCCCGGUGACCAUGUCGGUCCCGAAGUCAUGGACGAAGCAUUGCGCGUUCUGGACACGGUCGAAAUAGCCUCUCAAGGCCGGCUCAAAUUCGAAUUCAACCAUCAGAUCUGCGGCGGAUGCAGUAUCGACAAGCACGGCACGCCGAUUACUGAUGAGGUCCUGAGGAUCGCAAAGGAGGAGAGUGAUGCCGUGUUGUUCGGGAGUGUGGGCGGGCCGGAGUGGGGCACAACCUACCCAAACCCCGAGUCUGGCUUGCUCCGCCUUCGCCAACACCUUGACGCAUUCGCCAAUAUCCGCCCGUGCACAUUCUACUCUCGCUCCCUGAUCCCGCUUUCCCCUCUAAAACCUUCCAUCGCCGAGGGCACGAAUUUCAUCCUCCUCCGGGAGAACUGUGGCGGCGCCUAUUUCGGUCCCAAAGUCGAAGAAGCCGACUUCGCCAGCGACUCGUGGGCCUACGGACGCUCCGAAAUUGAACGCUGCGCACGGGUUGCCGCCGCCCUGGCCACAACCAUGGGAAAGGAUGGCAAAGGCACCGGGAACUGCCCGGAGGGACCCGCGACCGUGUGGUCCAGCGACAAAGCCAAUGUGCUUGCAUCGGGCCGGUUGUGGAGGAAAGUCACGUCCGAGAUCUUCGCCAAGGAGUUCCCUCAUAUCGAGCUUAAACAUCAAUUAGCCGACAGCCUGUCAAUGCUGAUGGUGAAAAACCCAAAGAUGUUCAACGGCGUCAUCCACACGGACAACACGUUUGGUGACAUGUUGUCUGACCAAGCAGGUGGCGUUGUCGGCACGCUGGGAGUGUUGCCCAGUGCUAGUCUUUCUGGUAUUCCAGAUGGCAAGACUCGAUGUAACGGGAUUUACGAGCCCGUGCACGGUUCUGCUCCAGAUAUCGCGGGGAAGGGCAUAGUAAACCCAGUCGCCCAGAUCCUGUCAGCGGCAAUGAUGUUGCGCUAUUCGUUCAACCUGGCAGCCGAGGCCGCCGCCAUCGAAGCCGCAGUGGAAAAGGUGCUUGAUGGCAAGGACAUUGGCGGUCUCCAGAUCCGAAGCGGCGAUUUGGGUGGAACCGCAAAGACGAAGGAGAUCGGCGAUGCAGUGUGUUCGGUCCUCGAAGAGGUCUUGAUGGGCAAUGCCAGUAGUGUCCACAAGAAGUGA